AUGCUGAGCCAAAGCCAGUCCCUGCGUCCGAGGCUGUGCGCACUGGAGAAGGGCGACAACGGCUACGGCUUCCACUUGCAUGGGGAGAAAGGCAAGACGGGCCAAUUCAUACGCCUAGUAGAGCCUGAGAGUCCCGCGGAGAGCUCGGGGUUGCGCGCUGGGGACCGACUCGUGUUUGUAAAUGGGGAGGAGGUGGAGAACGAGAGCCAUCAACAGGUCGUUUCCCGGAUACGCGCCACAACGGGACUCCUGGAGCUCAUAGUGGUGGACGCGGAGACUGAGCAGCUGCUGAAAAGGCACAAUCUUAAGUGCCAGAAGGAGUAUGUGACUGACGGCGUCCCGGUGGAGGAAGAUGAGGAGGAGGAAGAGCAGGUGGAAGAGGGAGAGGUGAUUGACGCUCAACAGGACUUGGAUGGGACAGAAAGCGACAACGGAAAGCUUGAAGUAGUGGCCACUGAGGGAGAGGAGAUGGAGGGUGAGGAGGCAGAGUUGGGAAGACAAGAAAGAGGAAAUGGGGAGGAUAAUCAGACAGAUGAGGUGAUGGAUGAGAAUGUAAACGAUGAGAGACAUGAUAGAAAUGAGGAAAUCAUUGAAGAGACAAAAGAACUCAACUAUGAAAAACACAAUGAGACCAAUGAGGGGAUGAUUAAUGAGAGAUGUGAGAAGACCAGUGAGAAGAUCAUUGGUGAGAGACAGGUGGAGACCAGUGAAGAGAUGAUUGAUGAGAGACAGGAGGAGACCAGUGAAGAGAUGAUUGAUGAGAGACAGGAGGAGACCCAUGAGGAGAUACGUGAAGAGGAGGCGCCCCCAGACGUGACCCCCCGGCAGUCCACCCCAGUCCUAGAGCAGGUCCACGAGAGCAACGGAGAGAUCCACAACCACAUGGGGAAGAAGCUCAGCAUCAGCUCGGAUAAGGACAACGAAAAGGAGGAGAGGGCAACGUUGCGGCCACGUCUGUGUGUCAUCCAAAGAGGGACCAAUGGGUAUGGGUUCAACCUCCACAGCGAGAGGGCGAGGCCGGGGCAGUUCAUCCGGGCUGUAGAUGAGGACUCUCCGGCUGAGAGAGCUGGACUGCAGCCCCAGGACAGGAUAGUACAGGUCAACGGACUGUCUGUUGAGGGAAAGACCCAUUCACAGGUUGGGUCACUGGUUGUCCCUUGGCAGAGACCGGUCCCAGUUUCCCUGACGCGGUAG